AUGACACCCCAGCAUGGGCCCUCCGGGCCCCUUCAAGUCGCAUGCGCGACACCCCAGCAUGGGCCCCCCGGGCCCCUUCCAGUCGCAUGCACGACACCCCAGCAUGGGCCCCCCGGGCCCCUUCCAGUCGCAUCCACGAAACCCCAGCAUGGGCCCUCCGGGCCCCUUCCAGUCGCAUCUGCGACACCCCAGCAUGGGCCCUCCGGGCCCCUUCGAGUCGGAUCCGCGACACCCCAACAUGGGCCCUCUGGGCCCCUUCGAGUCGUAUCCACAACACCCCAGCAUGGGCCCCCCGGGCCUCUUCCAGUCGCAUCCAUGACACCCCAGCAUGGGCCCUCCGGGCCCCUUCCAGUCGCAUCCGCGACACCCCAGCAUGGACCCUCUGGGCCCCUUCGAGACGUAUCCACAACAACCCAGCAUGGGCCCCCCGGGCCC